GUUUACCAAUAGGUAAUGAGAUAUAAUUGAAAUAAAAGUUUCUCAGACACUUUUGAUAGAUCUUGACGAGAGGUUCGUUUAUUAUGCUGAAAAAAUGCGCGGUAUUUCUAUUGAUUUUUUUGCCGAUGUGGGUUAAAUCAGAUGAGAAUAUAUUUGUUGUUAAUAGUAAAAGACCUUUGCAUGUUGUUAGUGAACGAUUUUUGAGUAUUUCUAUUGAUCCUGCUGUUCUCUUGACGAAAAUCAAUCUAAGCGAUGUUUCGCUUCAAAUGGCGAGACAUCUUAGUCCAGCAUACGUGCGAAUUGCUGGUCCAUCAACCGAAUUCGUGAAAUACAUCGACACAGAUGAAAAAUCGAAAGAAACCGACGAUUCUGACAGCGUUACUGUAACCCCCUCGGUGUGGUUCGCCAUUAAUGAAUGGUUCAAUAUGGCAAAUUUGACCCCCGUUUUUGGUAUAAAUGACGCCGAUACAUCGAUGGGUGUGUGGAACCCUAAGUCGAUAUUACCUCUUCUGGAAAUUUCGGACAAAUUCAAUCUAACUUGCAUGUGGCAGUUGGGAUAUGACUGCUCCAAUAAAACAGACACACAAUAUGUUGAGGAUAUACGUAUACUGAGGCACAUUCUAGAUGCGUUUCCCGAUAGAAAGAGUACCUGGAAAAUUGUGGGAAGUAACAUCAGGAAAUGCACCCACAGAAGUGGCUGUAGAAGAUUGCUGGACUCCUUAAAAGGCUCGGCAGAUUAUGUUGUUUGGGAACAGACCGAAAGGGAUCACAACAUGUUGAAUGACGAAUUGGCACAUAUCAUAUUCGGAGAGAGAAAAAAUCCGAAAUUAUGGACAUCGGUGCCACGAAGUCGUAAUCCUGCAACCUUCGAAACUGCCCUAGAAUGGGCCAAGGAAGUUGGGGAGGCUGGUAGAAAUGGUUUCGACGUAAUUUUGAGAACUCCAAGGGUGUUCGAAUUUUUUGUCGACACCCCUGUGUUUUGGUUUUCCUUGUUGUACAAGACAUUAGUAGGGAACACUGUUCUAGAUAUAAGAUCAGCUACUUCAGAUUCUGAGCUCGAUGCCUUUGCUUACUGUGCUAAGCAUCAGAAUAACUUCAUUCAGAGAGGAGCAAUGGUUAUAAUGAUAGUGAAUCGAGCAGAAAAUGUACAUAAUACUCAUAUAAGGCUGAGUUCUCUGGCAAAAGAUAUGGAAAUACAAUCCUACAUACUGACCUCGAAGUCUGAUGUAAGAUCGAUCUAUCUCAACGGAGAAAAAUUGAAAUCCAGCCUUCUGCAACAGGAACCUCUGAUUUUCACCCCAAAACUCAGAAGGGCCAAACCUUCCAACGGUUUAUCAAUCUCGGUCCCUCCCAAAUCCAUAGGCUUCUUCGUUUUGCCAGGAGCCAGAGUAACAGCCUGUAUGGAUGAAGAAGACGAAAUGGCGUUGCUGAUGGAAGAAAUCGAAUCUGAUCAAGAAUUGCCACUUUCGGCGGAGUUAGCAGUGGAAAUAAAAACCCGUAAUCUUCAAGAAAACGCCGUCAGUUUGAAGGAAAUGGAACGAGAACUGCAGGAAGAAUUAGAAAUUGACGAAAAGUUUUAUCACGCUACUAAAAAGGAAGAAACCCACCAGAAAUUGGACGAUAUCCUGGAAGAUUUGAAGGAGAAUUACGAACAACAGGAGGAUCAACAAGCCCACUUCAGAAUCGACGAGGAAACCAGGAAAAAAAUUCUGGAAAGGGCCAAACUGAUUGAAGCCCAAAGAAAAUUGACGGAAUCCGAACAGCGUUUAGUAGAUUUGAGCAGAAUGAUGCAUAAUAAGUCCAUCGAUAAGCCCAAACACAACGGAGUAACCAUAAGAGAAUCUUUCGAAGAUCUUGAGACCGUUUCGAAAACCGAAAAACCUAAAGUUGAAGUUGUAAAUCCACCCAAAUUCACAUUUCCUAAAUUGAAUAGUCUCCACCAAACCGACGCCAAGAAAUUUGUUCUGGGAAAACCCAAAAGUCUUCAUGAUCAGUUCAAAGAAAUUUUAAACUUCCCCACCAUAAACUCCCUGAAACAUCCUCUGCACGAAAGAACCAACGAUCAAAUUGAGGAGUUUGAGGUGCCGAAAUUGAACAGCAUCCAUCAUGAUGAUUUUCCCCAUACAGACCACAAAAAAUUAACUUUAACCGCUAAGAACCUACAUGAACAUUUGAAAGAUAUCUUGGCUAAUGCAAAAACGAACCAACUGAAGAAACAUGAAACGAAGGAGCAGAAUGUGGAGAAAUCUGAUGAAAUAGAAUUGGAGUUGACUAGUGCAGAAGUGAAAAAAGUGUUAGCAGAUAGGGUCAAGGCAAGAGCUGCGAAAACUAAUAUUCGAUUCACCAAUGAAGAACUAGCUGAAAUCAUGAAGAAAGCGACUCAGAAACUUAGACAUGACCACACCUUGAAAGCACGAAGCAGUAUCAGAUCCAGCAGAUUGAAACGAGAUAUCAACAUGAAACUAUUGAAUGAAGCGUCUAAACAUAAACUGUCCAGGAAAGAUUCAGACUAUUCCGAAGAAUCGUCUGAAAUAGCACCAAAAAAGAAAUUAUUGGAUUCUCCCUCGAAGAGUCUUAUUGUUAACCCCUUCUAUAAAAAACCAACACAAAGGAAGAAAUCCAUGAUUUCCAAAAACGCGAAUAUGGAUUCUUCAGAGUUGGACGACGAUUUUGAUUUAUAUUUCGAAGACGAUGAUAAGGAGCCUAAAAAGGUGCAUCUCAACGAGAAGAAGAGGAAGCACUAUAAGCCUUGUUCUGAAAAAAAACUCGCUAAUAUGAGGACUGCAGGCAACGAUUUUGAAGAGGAAGAUGAUGUAGACAAGAAAUAUAUGAGAUUGGACGAAUAUUUCAAGAACGCGAAGGAAGUCCAAAAGUUCGACGACAUAGAUUUCUCCGACGAAGACGACUAUAGCAACUUGGAUGAUGAUAGGACUACUCGUCUCAAAAGAGAUACAACAGCUCAUGGUCGAAAAGCAAAUGUACACCCAGCAGGAUGCUCUUGUUCCCAUCUGGUGGAGGACAUAAUUAGAUCUUUCCAAAUCGCCCUCGAUAGUGAAAAUAAGGAAGAUUACGAGUCUUUAAAACGAAAACUGCAGACUUACGACACAUUCAUGAAGUCCAUGAGUAAUGACGAGGACUCAAAAUCAAAGAUCACCCCAAAGGAGCGACGUUCAGUAGAUUGUACUCAUCACAACUAUAGACCUUUAUGUGAUUCGUACAGGAGAUGGAGACCGGAAGAUAUCUUAUCGUUGAAACCCAGAAAUAUAAUAGAGACCAAGAAAACUGUCAUGAUAAAUGACCUACCUCUAUACCAACACCUUCUCCGCAGGAAUAUGAUAAAAAGGAGUAUAGGGAAGAGAAAAAAUUUUCUCUUAGAAGAUUCAAAUGAAAGUUUAGAUUCCAUCCUGAACAGAAUCGACAAAGAUGAUGGCUCAGAGGCAGAAGAUGAUGAAAGGGACUAUCAGUUGGUUUUCCCGAACAAAAACAAACUCGAAUUGAAGAAAAAUAAAAACGUCACUAAGAUUAGUUUCGAGCACCGGAUAAGUCCUACAAAUGUUUCCAGCAGUAGUGAAAAGGAUAGGAAUAAAACGUCUGAGAAGUUGGAAGUGUCUGGUGGUAGGAAAAGUCUUCUACAGAAAGACCUCACAAACAUCCAAAUAAUCCCGAAGAAUGGCAAUGAAUCAUUUUUCCAUCAUACAUUCGACCAUUUACAUUCUUUGAUUCAUAAAAUUGGUAGUAAGAUAAAAGGUUAUUUCGACGAUUUGUUCAAAUAACUUGCCCAUCAUGACAAUUGAAACAUUUUCUUUAAAUUAACAUUUUAUUUUCUUUU